GUCAAAACAAUAGAAGAUCUGACAAACCACUUGUCUAGCCGUUACGCCAGCAACAAUUUAAAGAUUUUUGAGGAUGACUGUACCUUUCCAAAUAACAAGCGGAAAUCUGAGAGAGUGGUGAAGAGACUACAUAAUACAGUUCAGCAGCCAAUGGGUAAGCGCCUCACCAUGACCCCAGAAGUAAUGAACACUUGGCAAACGUCUUUAAGUCUCUCUGAUGAUGAAGGUACAAGAUACCCUGCGAAAAGAGUAAAGAUUACUGAUAUCAAAGUAGAUUUCAUCUAUGACAGCGUACAAUCAUGGUUAAGGGGGAUGGAGAUCAUGAAACUAACCGCUGGACUUGCCUGCAUACUGUCUACACCCUUUGCUGGACCUGUGAGAGAGCUGCGGCGCAAAAGGCAAACAUCUCAGGGGCUUGUCUGCAGAAUUGCCCCAGAGGUUUUAGAUGGUUGUGCCACCUCCUGCCUCUUCAACGAUGCAGCUAGAGACUACUACUGUUCCACUGGGAGCAUGACAGCACGCUGUUCACCGACAUACUCAGAUCUAGCAGUAGACGGACAGAGGUGUAAGAAGGACCACACUUGUGGACAUCAUGGUUGGUACGAAUAUUACUGGUGCAACACAGACAGCAGCUGGCAGUAUUGCAGCCCUCCACUGCCUCUAGGGAAAACAAACAGUGGGAAAUUUUGCAGCUCUAAGCGCAACUGUGCUAAAUAUGGGUAUUCCUACUUCUGGUGUGACCUUGAUGAUGGUAGUUGGGAUUACUGUACCAGAUAGUUUGUCUGCUUUAGCAGUAAUAAGAGAAAUUAGUUUGCAGUUACCAUGGAUGUAUUCUGUAUUUGUGUUAUUUUACAGUGUGUUCAUGAUUCAUUUAGAGCUUAGUCUUUUUGGCUUCAUGUUUGUAACUUUGUUUGCCUAAAAUAAAUGGAUGCCUGAA